AUGAUUAAGGCUGCUCUGCCUCCCUUCCUUUUAAAGCGCUUCCUCUUCCAUGUCUGCUUCCCUCACAUCCAGUCACUCUACAGAAGGAAGAAAAUAUCCAUCCAGGUCACGGGCGUCCCCGACAAGGACGACCUGCCUCCCCUCUACCGGGGCGCGCCUCAGGGACCCCCGAGUCCGGCUCCGCGCGUCUCAGCACCAAACUUUCUCCUGGAACGAAACCUCUUUCGAGCCACAUGGGGUGGGGAGGGGAAAGCGGCCCAGACAGCGCCGCCCCGCCCGGCCCCACCCACCCCGCGCCCAGCCUGGGCUUCACAAAGCCGCGGGGUCGGCGCUGCGCCGCCCCAGGGCGAGGGGGCGAGCCCCGCGCGGUACCUUCAGGAAGAGGUCGGGACACCGGCGCCUGAGGAGACCCGCCGCAUCGCCCGGACGCCGCCGCCGCUGCCGCCGCGGAAGGCUGUGCCGCUGCGCCGAGACCCUGAGCCGGCGGGGGCCCUGCGCCGCCGCCGCCGCCGCCGCCACCCGUGCUCCUCGCGCCGCGCCGCGCUCGCUGCGCCCGGGCUUCGCUGCCCGGCGACCGCCACUGUCAAGCGGAGCCCCGCCCCCUGCGCGCCCGGCAAGCGGCCCUCGGGACGCGCGGCCGCCCGGAUUGGCUGCCGGGCCACUGGCUCCGCCCCCUCCCCACGGCCGCGCCCCUCCCCACGGCCGCGCCCCUCCCCGCGCCCGUGGCGCGCGUUGCUGCCGGCUCUCUCCCGGGGGCGCCGCGGAGGGUGCGGUCCCGAGCUGGGCGAGGCUUCCUGCGGGCGCGGAGCGCUCGAGAGUCUCCGCUCCUGUGCUCUGCAGUUUCUCCUUGGCCCGCUCAGGAGUAGACACCCACAAAGGGCAGAAAAAGAGAAAACGUUUUCUCUAGGGCCCUUCGCGGGGAAGGCAGCGGCUGCAGCAGUUCUGGUGUGA